AGAACUACUGCUCCGGCAGGGGCCAUCCAAUCCCGACCUGGUGCCGACACAACUCCACCAAGUGCGAGAAGUAGCGUGCGCCGCGGUCCCGGCAAUUUCGACCCAGCAUUUUCGUCAACUGGCACUGCGCGGCCGCAACCGCUCCCGCAGCGCGGCCAGGCCGCAUUUCCCCCGACCUCCGACAGGGGCACCAGUACAACGACGGCCUCGCAUGAUACUGCAAGUCUGCAGGACCACGACCCUGACAGCACUCCCGGCGGUACCCGGCGACCGUCCUCCGUGUUCGCGACCCCCGUGUAUGCGGGCGAAGAGUUGAAGAUCGAGCUGCUCUACGUAAACACCACGGUCGUGGGGGCGCAGCAGGGGGUCUACUUCGUCGUGAUGGACCACUUCACGCGGUCUUGCGUGAUUGGUUUCCGGGGGUCCGUUAUUAAAUGUAAAAAUGUCUGGGUCUGGAAGAAUGCAACUUGUGAUGCUGCAUUUGGAUUCCAAAAAAAUCUGUCUUGCAUGAGUACCAAAGGGAAUGUAAUUUUUGCUACGCGGAGAGGGCAUUUGUCAUGCGGAAUAGGCAUCAAAAAGCUCUCAAAAAAUCUGUGAUGCUAGGGCAUGCAUCACAGAUAUCAGGGCUCAUGCAAAACGUGCAUGACAAGGGUCAGAAUCUUCCAGACCCAGACAUUUUUACAUUUGAUAUCCGUCGACCUCGGGGACUGGAUCACGAACGGGCAGCUUUUGAUGGAAAAACUCACGGAGGAUGCGGACGACGACGAGACUGUACACGCCGGGUUUUUGCUCUGCGCGCGGACGACGCUGAAGGAGAUGGAGGAGAAGUUAGACUUCCCGAAAUUUAUCCCCGCGAACUACGGCAUUGUUUGCGUUGGGCAUUCCCUCGGUGCGGGCAACAGUGCGGCCAUGGGACUUUUGCUUUCGCGGAAGUUUCCGGAGCUGUUGGAGCAACACCGGCUGCGGUGCCUGCUGAUCGCGCCCCCGGGGUCUGUCUGCUCGCUCCGCUUGGCCAAGGAAUCGGAACAGUACAUGGUCUCGAUCAUCAACGACAUGGAUGGUGUGCCGCGCGCACGCCCUUUGAUGAUGGUGGCCUGGCGGAACUUCUAUUUGCGACUGCUGAAAAACGCGAAGCUGUCCAAGUACGAGAUUUCGCAGCUGUCCACGAAAGAGGAGCGGGUCAGGCUGCGGGCGCGUUUGUACGACUUGUGGCACCGUGCGAACAGCGCGGAUAUCAAAUGUAAAAAUGUCUGGGUCUGGAAGAUUGCGAGAUUUGUCAUGCUUGUCUGGCAUGACCAAAAAGUUUGUGAUGCGUGUCCAAGAAGAGACCGUUUUGCCUGUCAUGCAAAAACGCAGUUUGUCAUGCGAAAAACGCAACACAAAGAAGCGUACAUAUUUCUCAUGCUUGCCUGUGCAUUACAGAGCAUUCACUAUUCCCAACGCAGCACUACAAGUUUCCAGACCCAGACAUAUUUGCAAUUGAUAGCGGACUUCAAUCCCAUGUCCCCCUUCAACGUGCUCGCGUAUUACAAUGAAAAAUGCCCCCAGCCCCAAAGUUGCAGCAAUUUGUGAUGCAAAGUUUCCAAAUGAAAACUUUUUGUCAUGCAUGAAAGGACUAUGCUUCUUUCUGAUGCAGAGCCUAGGCGUAUAUCGCAUUGCUUGCAUGACAAGCGCCACGCUUGCUGGGAUCUUGCGCAAUACAAAUUUUUUCUAUAAUUCACGAUUGGAAAUCUGUCAUGCUGAUAGAUGCAAGAGGGCGAAUUUUUCAUCAUUUGCAAAGGUUUGCAAUACAAAUGCUCCCAAGUUCGGGGGUGGUGGCAUUUUUCAUUGUAAUAUCGCGUCUCGCCAGUUCGGCAAGGUCGCCUGGAAGUCCUGUGCGGAGGUCAUCGAUGCCGCCAAGGAGCUGUUGCGCGUUGGCGAUGUCCUCGUGUGUGCGGUAGAGCAGUGCGUCGUGGAGCACGUGCACUUGCCGGCUUCUGUUCUACAAAGGGGCAACCGGGGCCGGAUUUUGGAUGUGCGGGAAAACACGAUGGGGGUUUAUGUGGAGUUUGAAUCCACGGUUCCGCUCGAGCAGUUGCUGACCGGGGACGGCGAUCUGGUGGACUCGAGGAUCAGCCAGCACCUAGCCAGGCUAUCCUAUGCUGACGCAAUGAGUGGCGAGAAGCACAACUACAACUCGGGAAUAGAAGUAGAGAACAAAACCGAUUACGCACCGUAUGCUCCCCAACAGAUGAUGAACAGGGACGGUUUAGUUUCUGCUACUUCUGCUCAAGCUUUCACUUACGAACGGGCGACGGGGCAGCGGACGACGAAGAAUGCAAAGACCAAAUUCGAGUUUUUCCUUUCUUGGGACGACAUGGUGCUGCAUUUUAACGUUGCGUUGGACACUCCGAGAAUCAAACAGAUGUUGGACGAGAUGGAGCAGCUAAUGGAGAACGUGCGCGCCGGUGCCUUCAUCGACGAGAGCAGCAAGUGCCACAGCAUGACUUUCGUGCAAUUCGUGGCGUUCUGCACAGACUACGAAAGAACACAGAAGGAAAUAAAGGCGAGAAAUAAAGGACGAGGGCGGGACAAGUCGAAUUCUAGUGAGCAAGAGAUGAAAAUGAAAUUGAGCCGAACCCGAUCUGCAGAGCCGCCAAGAACUCUGGGGGUGACCGAUGCGCAGCUGCAGGAAGCGCUGAGGAUGCGCGCCGGAGCCUGCAGACGCUUGCGCUACGGCCCCGUAUUCCUGGACAAACUGGUGGAGCGGGUUCGCGGCCGAGGCUACUUUGCUAAACAGCAAUCCGCGGACUUGCUCCGGACGUUUAGCGAGCGAAGUAAAAAUCGGAGUAGUAGUCUGGAUGCGCGGCGAAAGAAGCACACUGCCAUGCCCGUGACGACGCCCCGUAUGGGGAUGACCCCUCGAAGAAGUGCGGUGAUCGACGCAGAUGAGACGGACUCCAAUCCGCCCUCGGAGCGCGAUGGCGACGCACUUUUUCUCGGCAACCUCCAAGAAACAGUCCGGUCUACAGCCGCGCCGUUGCUACGGGGGUUCGUGCAAGACGACCCAGAACAAGAUGAGCGUCAAUUACUCAGCGCUUUGCACGAGGAUGCACUGACAUACCCAAACGUCAACGAGGACAUGGUGGUUUCAGAUCCGUUCCUAGCUGGGGGAAACGGGGACGCCUGGACGCCGGGUCGGCUGUUGCACUUGCGCCGCCGGCGGACGCCGGAGGAGAACGUCGCACUGAUUCGGGCCGCUGGCAACGACUUCGGACCGGUGCUGGAAUCUGUAGCGCCGGGUGCCACAACAGAGUUCUUGACGCAAGGCGAUCCAGAGACGGCGCAGCGUGCCCAGACGUUCGGGAGCAGUGCCAUGAACUACCGUCCAAGCACGCUGGUGAGCAGAGGGAUGAUGAACGCAACGGAGGAAUUUACUCCGCCUUUCGACGAUGCACGAUCGGAUCGCCUGACGACCGAGACCAUCGACGUGGAAGAUGGCCCUUUUGCGGUGUCUCCCGCAAACUGGCGACGCGAUAGGAAGCACCUGAACAGCGUCCGUAGCCGCGGCUUGCACGGCGGAGAAAAACCAGCAGAGCACAGCAGUGAUUCGAGCAGCUCGAGCGAACCGCAGAACUUCAACGACUGGGACGCGGUUAUGAUGGGCGACGCGCAGCAUCGGCGUGCAGCGGCGCAGCAUGAUGUCCUUGGGGGCGGUGGUGCGUGGAACUGGCUCAAGCAAAACAUCCUGGGUUUCGAGGAGCACAUGGUGCCACUCUCUCGAAAAGAAGACGACCGUGCGGAGACCGCCCGUUUGCGGGUUAUGGACCCGAAGAUCGCAGAGCUCAUGCUAGAUGAGCAUUGGCACUUGCACAUGGAUGCGAACAACGACCAACUUCUUGGCCCAAAGAUUCAGGUGACAAACGCUGCUGAUUCCGGCGAUCGUCCACUGGCCUCUUCGCUCAGCUUACCAUCAUCCAAGCAUCCGCUUGGGAGUGGCCCUACGAGGACCUCUGGCAGAGGAGUAGGUUAUACUGGAACUACCAGCCCUACAAGAAGCGCGAAGACAACAAGAACAGAGGCAACAUCGACGAAGGGGCGGACGAUGCAGAUUCUAACGAGCCCGAUGACUGCAAUGCGGGACCGGAUUGGGCGAGCCGACGCUCGCGCGCUUUUCGGUGGCGGCGUGGUCCGGCCGGCGGACGGGCAGGGCAACCCAAGCCCCGUACUGGGGGGGCUUCUCAACUGGGGCGCCGG